CCAUUAAAUCUAUUGACAAAGGUAUUACUUUGCUAUCAAAUUGAAUAGAGUUUAAAUCAACCGAACUCAAAAUUUUAAAUGACUUUAAAUAUUUCAAUUCAACUUUUACAAACAGGAAAAUAACAUAGUAUAAAGUGACAGGACACACAUUUUACAGAGAUGUCAUACCAUACCUCGUAUCAGCUGGUACGUCAGCCAUUGUCUCGUUUCCGGUCUUUUGACUUUAAACCUGACCGGAUGUCGGUAAUCACCACUCUACACAGAAUAGCUUCUGUAGCGAUCGAGAGGAUCAUGCUGAUGAUGAACAAUACAGAGCUAUGUAAAAUACGUCGUCUGGAAAAUAUUGAUCAGGCGCUUGUUUUUCUGGCAGGAAAACAUGACGAUGAUGGAAUGUCGGGAGAUCGUGGCGACUUCUAUCGGAGAAAACUGGCAGAUCAAAUGCACGUUACAUUCGCGGUGGAAGGAGUUACUCACAACAAUGUGCAGUCGGUAGUUGAAGCUGCUAUUGUUUUGGAAAGGGAAACAAGAAAAGCAUUAGGUGAUAGUGCCAAGUCACGUGAUUUUGCCCCUUCUGUGGAAAUCGACGAGACAAUAUUAGACAUCCUGGCGAGAUUGGCAGACAUUUUCUAGAGAGUGUAAGAUACAGUAUUAAACCAGUAUCUGUGAUAUAUUUGUUUGGAGUUGUGUGACACUUUGUACUUCUGGAAUGGAAUUAUUUCCUUGUCGGAUGGUCUGUAACUACAGCAAAAAUGAUUCUUGAAUUUUUAUGCAUUUAAACAAAAUAUGUCAGUAAAAUUUAUUUUACCAACA